UCUAUGACGGUUGUUUCCAUUCCCGCCGACAAAACCUAUCACGACCUAGAAGGCUACUUCGGGUCAUAGGCGCGGAUCCAGCAAACCUCAGGCCAGAGCACAGCUUUUGCCUACUAGCAAGUGAAGUGACCAGCACACUUUGCCUACCCACCAGGCGGUUUGUUCCCAUGGCCUCUUCCCCGCUCCUUUCCUUCCUGGAUCCACGCCUGGCAGAGCAUCACUUUAUUAAAGAGACAUUCCAACACACUUUGACUGUAUUGCAGGACCCCCUCUUCCUGGACAAAUGUAUGGUAUGCUGCGAGGUGGACUGGGAUGACUACUUUGAAGUACAGGAGCUUGCAACCAAAGAUUCCUUCGUCUUCAAGGCGGAGGAUGUUGAGCGGACUCGAACCUGGUACCGGCAGCUGCAGGUCCAUGCACAGGGGCUCGGGUCGUGGAGGAAGAGGAGGAACGCUUUGGCCAACAUCAUGAUCAACGGCAUGCAGCUGCGGAGCUAGUCCAGGAUGCAGGAUGAGAGCCGGGUGCCUGUUAAAUGUCGGACCAGCGCCGAGACGAUUAGUUCAGUCGCACCGACGUCGGCCCGACAAAAUUUUAUUUUCUGUGUUUUAAUAUAAUUGCCAUGAUCAAGUAAAGCAUUCAUGUCAUUUCUGGAGCAUGUCAUGGUUAAGGGCGUGGGACAGAAAACUUACCUAGUUUUGGCAUGGGUCAAUUCUUUUCUGCAUAUCUAACAAAUUUGAUCUCAUUUAUCUAAUUGAAAAUCACAGGCAAGAAACAAUUAAAAAAACACUAUAGUAAUCCAUUGUUCCUGUAUGUUGUUACCUAAACUGAAUUUGAUGAAGAUCAAACUUGAAACAGCCCUCAUUGUUUACAAUUAUGCUAAUCCUACUUACUAGUAUUUUAUUUAAAUUUUGACAAACUGAUUUUUCUUUUUCGUACAUGCUUCUGUACAUGUUUGAACUUAUAUUUAGUCCACAUGCCAAGCAAAUCUAGAUACAGUUCUGUUAGUAAGGAAAGUUUUGUGUUUCUCCCCAAUUACUUCCUGUUAGUGUGAAUCUCGGAAUAGUUUCUCAUGGUAGAAACCAUUCUUGUUUUCAGAUUCUUUAUGUCAUAACUAAAAUUAAAUCAAACAUUUCAGCUAAUUGUUAUUGUUACUAAGUUCCAUCGCUGAAAUUUUUCUUAACUACUUAAAAUGAUCAUCUUGUAUGUAAGAUUUUUCUGUGUUAUAACUCUAAGCAUUCCAGACAAGAAAAGUUUUGUUUUUGUAGAUCUAUUCAGGCAUACAACUCUAUCAAUUCUAUCAUUGUUUUGAUUUAACUUGCGGCACGACUCGGCGGCAGUUAUUUACCGUGUAACCAAUUCCCGUAGUAACGAGUCGUAGGUUUUGUAUGAAAAUUAUGUAAAUUUGCACAUAGUGUAUAUAAUGUUAGAGGAUUAUACUAACCAUUUGAUGAUGCUGUGAUAUUUAGCACCGGUUACUUCGAUGCUCCUAAUGAGAUUGAAUAUUAUGAACACUUAAUUUAUAUUUCUUAUGACAGCAGCAUAAGUGCUGCUCAGUCUAAUCAUGCAACACAAAAAUAAGAUUUACAAAAGAAGGCAAGUAUGUACAUAAUCACAUCAUUAUUGUACAAAAAUGUGGUAUGAAAAGUUGAUUGUGUGCAUUAGAAAUGGAAAUAAAUACAUUACAGAUA